GAAGCCAGUAUAUUUUGCCCUAAACAGAAAUCGUAAUGUGUUAAAAGGGCAUUGGCGUAAAACUACAAACCCUUCGUUUCAAAUUAAACGCCAGACUUCGAUGUAACUUAGCUAACGUUAGUUAGCUAGAGAAACGUUUGUCCGUGGCUCAGUGGUCAGUUACUAGCGUUAGCUGACUGGCUCUUUGCUGCUAUAUGAUGGCUUCCUAACUCAAAUAGCUAAAAGGGCAAGAAGAGAAAACGACUGAAAUUGUCUAUGGUAUUGGGUUGACUGUCUGAAAAGUCCCUGAGGGUGCAGGUAACUACGACGGUGACAUUCUACCUCUGGUCCCAGUCGCCAUGGCAAAGAAGAAAAACUUGUCUGAUCUUGUGGUGGCAUGUGAAUGGGCGUCCUGCACAUUCAAGGGGAGGACUAUGGAGGAGUUGUGCGACCACAUGUCCCUGCACUUGAAGGACCACAUCGGCGACGGGGACGCGAUGGAGGAGCUGGAUGACUACGCGUGCCUGUGGGAGGGCUGCGAGUUCCUGGCCAUGGGGAGCCCCAGCGAGCUGGUGGUGCACGCGCUCUUCCACAUCUUCCACAGCAAGCUCAAGUUCAUCGGGGCACAGCUGCUGCGGUCGCACCCCGAGCUGCCCAGCUGCACCCAGGACCUCCACAGCAACAACCUGGUGCCCGAGCUGUCCGAGAAGUUUGUGUGCCAGUGGGAGCACUGCGAUAGCACAUUCAAUAACCCCGAGUGGUUUUAUCGCCACGUGGACAUGCAUGCCCACUGCACCGAGAUGCAGCCGCUCCCGGACCAGCAGCACGCGCUCUUCUGCAGCUGGAAAGGCUGCGACGCCUUCUUCAAGAUCAAAUACCGGCUGCGGGAACACCUGCGCACUCACACGCAGGAGAGGCUGGUGGCCUGCCCCACCUGCGGCUGCAUGUUCUCCAGCAACACCAAGUUCUUCGACCACAUCCACCGGCAGGCGGAGCCCGAGGAAUCCUUUGUGUGCGAGCACUGCGACAAGCACUUUGCCAACGAGAGGCUACUGAGAGGCCACGUCCGGCAGCACGUGAACCACAUCAAGUGCCCGCUGUGUGACAUGACCUGCACUUCCCUGGCCUCCCUGAAGACGCACAUCAAGUUCCGGCACUGCGACGAGCGCCCCUUCCCCUGUGACUUCUGCGAGAGCAGCUUUAAGAACCAGCAUGACCUGCGGAAGCACAUGGAGACCCAUAACGAGGGCGCCGCCUUCCAGUGCACCGUGGAGGGCUGCGACUACUCCUCCCGCAUGGCCCACACCAUGAACCAGCACUACAAGAGGGUGCACGAGGGUGACAUGGUGUCCAAAUACAAGUGCCACCUCUGUGACAAAACGUUCUCCUGGUGCUACACGCUCACGCUCCACCUGCGGAAGAAGCACCACCUCAAAUGGCCCUCCGGACACUCCCGCUUCAGGUACAAAGAGGAUGAGGACGGGUAUCUGCGGCUGAACAUGGUGCGGUACGAGACGGUGGAAGUGACCGAGGAGAUCAUGAAGAACAUGGCCAAGAAGCGCACCCCGCGCAAGGCCCUGGGUUCGAGCUCCGCCCCGGGCAGCCAGGUCAAACGCCUCGCUCCGUCUCCAGGGAACGGCCAGAACGCCGCCCCCUCCCCCUGCUCCUCGUCCUCUUCCUCCUCCUCCUCCUCAUCCUCCUGCUCCUCCGGCCCUGCUUCCUCCGAGCUCGCCGGCGCUUCGCCGGACCCCAAGAAUGACAGCUCGUCCGCGUACUGCGACCUGAGCACAGUCACUGGGCUCGGGGGGGACGGAGACCCUUCGCAGGACUCAGAGCUGCCAGGGGCCCCGUCGGGAGCCGUCCGGGUCCUUACUGAGGUGGCCAGGGGCCUGGGGAUGGAUGUGGUGUGACCCGCUGAGCCAGUGUUAGCCUAGCAGUGUGCUCACUAGCGUUCCAGGGAUGCAUGUGGUGUGACCCGCUGAGCCAAUGUUAGCCUAGCAGUGUGCUCACUAGCGUUCCAGGGAUGCAUGUGGUGUGACCCGCUGAGCCCAGUGUUAGCCUAGCAGUGUGCUCACUAGUGUUGCAGGGAUGGAUGUGGUGUGUGACCUGCUGAGCCCAAUGUUAGCCUAGCUGCUUGUUUUUCAGUGUUCCUGUGACUUUGUCAAAGUGUGGCAGUUAUUGUCACCUGCAGAAUUAACCGCUAACUGCAGCAUUUCGAACUUUGCACGUGUCCAGGGAACUCCUACUGGAGGUGUAAGUCCGGCAAGUUUUUUCACACAGUCGCGUGCUAAUUUAAAGCCCUCAGAACAUC